CCCGUACGUGAUGACGCAAAUUUUGCCUCGUUGGAGGGUGAUUUCAUCGGGAACAGGACAAAGAGAGAAGGCACUUCCUAUUUUGUUGUAUAUGUCUACGUAUCUUAUUACGGUUCAAGAUCAUCAGAGUGUCAGAUGUCAGUGAGCGACGAUAUGGAGAAUACAGACCUGCUUGGUCUAAUCUUCCCAGAUGAAGACCCAGGAUCCAGCGAUCUGUUCCUCGCAGAGGGGAGUAAUUUGCUGGAUGAUUUGCUUUCAGAGCAAGAUAUGCUGAGUGGAAUGGAUACAGAGGACUUCCUCAGCAGUCUUCUGGGUGAAGACGAGGACGGCCUGACUAUCAACUGCUUGUCUCAGUCUCCUCACGGCAGUGACAGCGGCAUCUCUGAGGACACCACCCCUCCACACGACAGCAGUGAGACCGACACCAUCCCCAGUCCAGGCAUCGAGCCUCUGCUUUACUCCGAGUGUAUGACGGAGAGCUACGAGGCCCAGGUGGUGCAGUCAGACCACUGCUACACCCUCCCACAGGACACAGACGCCCUGCUGAGCGUCCGAUCAGAGAACCCGGAGUCUGAUGUCUUCAUAGAUGUCGAUGAUUUGGAUAUGGAUAUGGAUGAUGACUUCUCCCCAGAGCUGCCUUGCUCACUCACGAUUGAACACUCCACACAAAGCAGCAAACCAGACAACCAGUUCCAGUUCAAAGAGAUUGUUUUGACUGAUGAGGAGAGGAGACUUCUGGCGAAAGAAGGUGCAACCAUUCCAACUCAAAUGCCUCUUACAAAGGCAGAGGAACGGACCCUGAAAAGGGUGAGGAGAAAGAUCCGGAAUAAGCAGUCUGCUCAGGAGAGUCGCAAGAAGAAGAAAGUUUAUGUUGAUGGCCUAGAGAACAGGGUUGCGAUCUGCACUGCUCACAAUCAGGAGUUACAGAAGAAAGUUGAGUUGCUGCAGAAACAAAACAUGUCCCUUACUGAACAGUUGAGAAAACUGCAGGCCAUGGUGAAAAUGUCCACGAUGAAAACCACCACGACUAGCACUUGUAUUAUGGUGUUCCUGCUUUCUUUCUGUCUGAUCAUUUUCCCCUCAGUCAAUCCUUUUGGCAGCAGCAAUCAGAAAGAUCUGUAUACGUCAUCUACAGGAAUGUCUCGAGCCUUGCGGUCUUAUCCAGCUAUCGUGAAAGACGACAUCAUAUCCACGUCUACUAAAGAAGUGCCAGAGCAGGAUGUCCUCCUCGUGGGCACUGUAGAGAAUAACCAGGUGCUGCUGUCGGGCGCUCAGAACCACACACCUGACUACCAGCAGGUCGAGCAGUCUGACUCUGAAUCUGGGGUCAACAGCAACUCCUCCGCUGACUUCCCCAGUCCUGCCCAGUCCGAUCUCAAAGCGGACGCAUCUCUCUCAGAGUCCCACAGGAACUCCGCGGCGUCUCCGGUGAUCUACGACGGCCAGAGCAAAACCAAGGAGAGCUGGAUGGAGCAGAAACCCACGUCAGUUAUAAUACAACAGCACCGAUCUGAUGAAAUGUAGGAGAGCAUCUAAAACAACACUCGCUUUGUUUUAGAUGAAGGAAUCAGUAUAGCCAUUUUCUCUACAUUGUAUCAUCACAGCCUGACCCUUUCUCCUUAAUUUUUUUUUUUUUUUUAUUGAUCUACUGUCUAUACAUGCUAUAGUAGCACUUUUUUAUAUCCAGCAAUUUGUUAGGACAUUAUUGUUCUAUUCAUCUGCACAAAUUAUGAUUCUUUUUCAAUGGAAACGUGAAGGAGUCGUGUUGUUUUGAACUCUGCAUUGCGUCCACAUUGAGUUUUGGUACAUUCAGGAAAUGUAUUCAUUUGUCUGUAUUACUUAAGACAUUUUAGGGCUUUUGGGCAUCCAGUAAAAUUGAAUUUUCCCUUUUUUAGUAAGGGAGCCACAUGCUUAAAGAGAUUCAACUACUGAAAAAUGAUCAGUCCUAGUGAUAUAGGAGUGUGUUUAGAAAAGGGAAAAGCUAUUUUUUUCUGCUUGUGCAUUAUUUGUGGCUUAGAACCCCUUCCGUUAAACCGCUGUAAAUUUAGCUUUAAAUGUUCCUUUUAGAGGGGGUAUAGUAUUGCACAUAUCCACAAAAUAAUAAUACACUGUUUAUGUCUAUACAUAUAUAUACAUAUGAAAAAAAUGUCAUGAUCUGCUGUGUUAGAGCAGCAUUUUUAUGUUAUUGUUUUAUUUUAAUAUUUUGUCUUUUAAAAGGCUUCUUUUAUUGCUGUCUUUUUUAUUGAUCUAUUUUCAUCUUUGGUCAUAUGAUGCACUGAUGUAUCUGUAAACUUGGAAUGUUCAUAAACUUUAUUUCUGUCGUGAUCAUGUCAUUAUUAAUUAAAUAAUUAUCAGUUUACUAUUAAAAAAUCAUUUUUGUCAUUCA